AUGGCCUGGCAACCCAACGAGAUAGACUACGGAUUUCACCGUACACGCCAUGAAGACGUUCAAGGGAUUCACCACAUGUACGCUAAAAGCAUUUUUCCAAAAAAAGCACUUUCUACAAAACACGGAAUCAAACAGGAAAAACAAGUGGUUGAUUUAUUGUAUAGUUGUUACAAAAAUAAAUCAGUGGUAUUCAUUGAAGAGAAAGAUAAUGCGUGGUAUCCAUACAAACAUGAAGAAACCGGGAAGACUAUAAAUAUUGCUCAAGAAAUCCUCAUAUCCUUACGAAAAAAAAUGGGAAAUUCCUUGGAAUCGGAAGAAGAGGAUUACAGCGUUUUAAUGAACGAAAUUUACAACGAAUUGAUAACAAAUCAAACUUACGGAAAGUCAUACAGAAUCCUAAUACAAAAAGUCAACAAUAGCAACAAUAACAAUAACAAUAACAACAAUUCCUUACGGUUAAGUCAUUCAGUUUAA